GGCGGCGGCGCGGGCCGUUGGGGCGUGGCGGCGGUUCCCGGCGGGGCCGCUUUCCCCGCCGCACCGCCCCCUCGCCGUUGGGGCGGCCGUGCCGGGCCGCGGGGAAGGGGCCUUCACUAGCAGAGGCAGACUGGACCUCUUUAGAUCGAAGCACUGAAAAAUAAAGAAAUGGCAACUUGUCUGUGGAAAAACUUACUUCAGACUACAAAAAAAAGGAUAAUACAACAGAGAAGGGCAUCACUGUAUGACUGUGCUCAUGGCUAUCGGGAAGAGUUGAUAAAGAAGAAACUUCAGCAGUUUGUUGGUGGAUCCAUCAACCUUUCCAAAGAAGAAACUGGCAUUGGAAUCCUGACCUUGAACAACCCAAGGCUAAUGAAUGCCUUCACAGGCACUAUGAUGCUAGAACUCCAGGAAAGGGUAACUGAAUUGGAAAGCUGGAAGAACGGUAAAGGCCUUAUCAUCUGUGGUGCAGGAAACACUUUUUGUUCAGGAUCUGAUUUGAAUGCUGUCAAAGGAAUGUCCACCUCUGAGGAUGGGAUGAAUAUGUGCAUGUUUAUGCAGAAUACCUUAACCAGACUUAUGAGGUUGCCAUUGAUCAGUGUUGCACUAGUCCAAGGGAAAGCUCUCGGAGGAGGAGCAGAGCUUACCACAGCAUGUGAUUUUAGGCUGAUGACUCCUGGAAGUGAAAUUCGAUUUGUCCAUAAGCAAAUGGGUCUAGUCCCAGGCUGGGGAGGAGCUACCAGGCUAGUGCAGAUUGUUGGCAGUGGAGCUGCCCUCCAACUACUGAGUGGUGCCGUCAAGGUGGACCCUGAAAGAGCAUUGCACCUUGGACUUUCAGAGAAGACUUUGGUGUCUUCAGAUGAAACUGAAUCAUUAGAAGAAGCCCAAGCCUGGUUGAGUCUAUACACAGAGGGUCCAGCCAGUGUGAUUCAGGCUGUGAAAAAGGUGGUUAGAGCAGCAAAAGAACUACCACUAGAAGCUGCCUUAAGGACAGAAAAGGAGGUUUUUGGAACUGUAUGGGGUGGGCCUGCUAAUUUGCAAGCACUGGUUCGAAGACCAAAACAUAAGUGAUUGUCAAUGUAUAAGAAAUUUUCUUGAUCACAAAGCUUUCACUAAAACAGAUGUUAAAUUGA